UCUCCGAUGCUUUCGUGGUGCCGAUGAUGUCGCCCUGGGGGGUCCCGUCUGCCUUCGCCGCCAAGAAUAAGGUCGGCGGAACCCCCACCAUGGUGGCCACUCCCGACAGGGUCUCCACCUCCGCGUCCUCCUCGGCCUUCGAGCCCACAGAGGGGCCCAACGCGCCCCUUCGUGUCAAUAACAAAGGCCAGGCUUGGGUGCCCCAGCGGCCGCGGCCCCGCCGCAACCGUAAGAGCGAGGCAGUUCGCUCGAUGGUAAGGGAGAACGUAGUCCGGCCUGCAAACUUCAUCUACCCGCUUUUCAUCCACGAAGAGGACUUUGAGGUAGAGAUCAAGCCUAUGCCUGGGUGCCUCCGGCACAGCCUCCCCCACAUGUUGAAGGAGGUGGAAGAGGCGUGGCAGUUCGGCGUUCGCACCUUCGUGGUCUUCCCCAAGGUACCCGACAAGCUCAAGACCAAUUACGCAGACGAAUGCUACAACCCCAGCGGCAUCGUGCCCCGCGCCGUGAGCAUGAUAAAGGAGAGGUUCCCCGACAGCAUCGUGUGCACAGACGUGGCCUUGGACCCGUACAGCGACCAGGGGCACGACGGAGUGGUCAAAGACGGCAAGAUCCUCAAUGACGAGACCAUCAUGCAGCUCACCAAGCAGGUGUACCAGGGGGGGAGGGGGGCUCCAGUCGCGUCGCGGUGGGUCGGAAAAGUGGUGUGCCAGGCCCGCGCCGGUUCUGACGUCGUGGCCCCGUCGGACAUGAUGGACGGCCGAGUCGGGGCCAUCCGCGACGCCCUCGACUCAGAGGGCUUCACCGACGUUUCGAUAUUGGCAAGAAAAGCGUACACGGCCAAGUACGCGUCGGCGUUCUACGGACCGUUCCGCGAUGCCUUGGACUCCCACCCCGGGUUCGGCGACAAGAAGACGUACCAGCAGGACCCCGCAAACGGAAGGGAAGCGCUUCUGGAGGCCGCUCUUGACGCGGCUGAGGGUGCCGACAUGCUCAUGGUGAAGCCCGGCAUGCCUUACUUGGACGUGAUCCGCCGUCUGAAGGAGAGCACUCCCCUGCCCAUCUCAGCCUACCACGUGUCGGGGGAGUACGCCAUGAUGAAGGCGGCAGUGGAGCGGGGAUGGCUGGAUGAGAGGGCGGCGGUGCUUGAGGCCAUGACUUGCUUCAAGCGAGCCGGUGCGGACGUGAUCCUGACGUACUACGCCAAAGACGCCGCCAGGUGGCUCUGUGAAGACGGGCUUCUCUAGAUGUAGGCAGGACAGCCCCUCUCACACGAUCGGCCAUGCUCUCGCGAAUCACGAAAUGAUAAGGGCGGACAGCCGGCGCUUGAACGUGGCCACUUGUGCUUUCAGGUUGACACCGAUUGUCGGCGCUUGUUGCUAGAGAGUUGUCGCUGUGAUGUUUCGUUGGCACGGCUCUGCACAUCUUGACGGCGUGGUGCUGUUCGCGGCGGAAGGCGUUUUU